CUUCAGAGAGAGUUGCCGAAAGAAAAUCGCCAAAGUUUCUAAAAAAAGAUCAAGAUGUUGCUGCCGAGCCUUCGUCCGGCCGGCUAUGGGUCCAUUCUGGAGGCACUAUACAGCACCGGUGCGGCCCACCCGGUUGGCGAUCAGUCUGCAACAGCGACAGAGAUAAAAGUUGGCCAUGUAGCACCUGCUUCAGCCCCGAUGACCUCGUUUCUGCACGUGCUUCUCGGGGACUCUUCAUCUACCUUUGCCAGAGCAGCAGCAGAAUUGAAGCAUGCCGACGCAGAGGCUACGGGGGUCGCGGUGGUUGUGUUUCUGCUGUUUAUCAUUGUGAUGGUACUUACCGUGGGUAAACGGACCUUGGAGGACUUCGUGCAGGAUUUCCGCUUUGUUACCGACAGCUUCACCGCCGAUCCGGAAGUUCUUGAGUAUUGGCGCAAACGGUUUCAGCCUGGCGCUUAUUGCAUUUUACCGGUUGAUGUGGUGGAACGUCGAGAUCGUCCUUGUGUACUGGAAGAUGCAGAUCAAAAUGCUGCGAGCGCGAGUCGCGUUAGAUCAGGGUCAGGAAGCAAUGUCAAUUUCGUACCAACAACCGUAGUUUGCCGCGAUCAGGAACAAUCGCCGACUACUACGUCCUCGUCUGCGCCGCUUCUAGACCAUGGGAACAAACAAGCCGUCUCCUAUCUGGAAAUUUUGUUCGGGCCUGCGCGAUCUUCGGUUGAUUUAAGCCGGUAUCGCCAGAUCGACCUCGGCAGCUUGUUUUCCUCUUUGUUGAUGCUGGAAACCAACGUCGACACCUCCGAUCAAGGCUUUACCAGUCUCGUUCUACUGCACUGGGCGGCGGUGCUGCGGAAUUUCGCCGUACAGUACCACGGGCUCAUCGCUGUGUGGUACAAUCACGCGGUGCCCUGCUAUCUACCUGCGGAAGGAAUUCCUGUAGACGGAAGCAAAAGCGGCGAUACGGUUCUGCAGAUGAUCACAGAUUUGCUGAAAGUACUGGAAAAAUCUGCCGGCGAUACCAGAUGGUUGGAGCGGUUUGCGUGCGAGUCAGCGGUUCAUUCGGGAGACCAAACAUCUGAAACUACAAGUAGUAGGCCAAAUAGUAUUAUACCACUGUUGCAGUACAGCAACCUUGGUUUCUUCCGCGCUCCGCAGGGACGAGUUGCGGAUGUGAGCAAGAUUUGUGCAAGUAUGGAGGAGAGGGGCAUUGCGCUUUCGUUGGUUUUCCUCGAAGAAACGUCGUCGGUGACAGUCUUCUUUGACACCAAUGCGGUUUCCGAUGGACUUGCGGAGGAAGUCGCGAAGGAUUUUUACAGUAGAAUCGAUUCGGACUGUAACGCAGCGCGCUCCACGAUCGUUGACCCUUCUUCAGCUACAAGAAAGUUGUCUAAGGAUCCGGCCGAAGGUGGAAUACCGAUGAGAGACUUCCAGGGCAGUAGCUGCGUUGUACGUCUUAUCGGUGCUACAAGUUCAUUUGCUGGUGCCGCUGCAGUUUCCUCUCCACUGAAAGCGGCAGAAAAUUCCUCAAGCGGUCCGUCCGCCCUUUUAGCUGAUGGUCGGGAACAACAAGAGCAGACUGCUGCAGACGGGAACUACGUCGAAACCGCAGAGCGUCAAAUCGAGAAACAAAGCCGUCUUCAAGCCGCUUUGCUCGACCCUCUCACCAGUCGGCAAACAGUAGGAAUCACGCCCGAGGUGGCACAGGACCCGGCACUGCAUUUCGCGUGUCUAAUCGGAAUAUGGCGCGCCGGCGCCGCGGCGACGUAUGAAGAAAGCGUGAGAAGUGCGGAUGCGGUCCUUCUGAACUCGAAGUGCUUUCUCGUCGCGGAGAAUGAGACGUCCUCUUCCAUUAAUAUCGACGACGAGCUGGAGACGACAACUUCCGCCGGUGCGAACGGGCAACGAUUUCUGCGGAUCGGCGCUGCUUUUGAAGGAGCAGUGAUCGAUGUGGCGAACUUCGACUGCAAUGUACUUACGCACGGCACGAGCUCGAGCGCGCGCACGCGGCGAAAUUUGCAGAGCAAGACUGGAAGUAGUCUGUUCAAGUUCUGCAACUCCAACUCGCUUCGCGACACCAGCCGCACGAAGGAUCUUCUCGAAAGAGAGGUAUCGAAAGCAGAAACCAGUUCGCGGCUCCAGUGGUUCAAAGAGCUAUUGAGAUCGUCCGCAAGUGAAAAAUCAGAUUCAGAACCACAGGGCAACAUUAGGCAAAGCGUUAUCGUUUGCCAAUCUUUCGACGCAGCCUGGCAUCUCCCAAUGAUCUACGCCCUGCAACACGACAUGGACCUGACGUUCGUCGAUCUCAGUAUCGCCAGCAACAUCGAGCUGCUCCGUCAGGAACUCCAGCGAGAAGGAAGCGGGCUGAGUAACAAGUUUCUCAUCGUCCCGACCGGAGUGUUCGAAGACGAUUUGGAUUUGCUCGCGCAGCUGCCAAUCGAGAACCUCUUCGUCUUCCAGGGCCAAGGAGAGCCAGUUUGCGAAGAGAGAUGCAGAGUCUUCCAUUUGCUCACUGGAUCUUCGGACGAGGAAGGUAAAGAACCCAAGACACGUCUGCACACACUGUGGGGAUCGCUCCCGGCCGCCUCGCUUCUGCAUCGAGAAAUACUUCCUCCUUCAUCUUCUACUUCCAGUUUGAUGAUGAAGAAAGCGAAUGCGAACGACAAAGAGUCGACGUCCUUGGGAGUGCCGAUACCGGACGAAAUGUCGACUUCAUCAUCGUCUUCUCUCUGGAGCAACGACGCUUCGAGCUCUAGACUGUUUCCCUAUCGAACGGGCAACUUGUCCUACGACAAAGUUGCUUUGUCUGGCUUCGUGCGCAUCUCUGCUUCAGCCUCUCCAACGGAAAGCGUGGAGUUUCACUGGACCGCCCCGAAAGGGCUGUCUUUUCCCGCCUCCACCUUCGACCACCAGCAGGAUACGAAACAUACUCACGACGAUUUUGCGCGGAGAGCAGCACAGCAGCAGCCGAGAAAGCUUGUCAGCUUGGAUCAAGGGUACAGCGCAACGACACCAAAUAGCAGUUCGCAACCAUCGAAGAGCUCGCUUUCGGCAGAGGACGCAACAAAUUCAAUCUCGUCCACCACCACCACCACCCCGUGCGUACUGCUGACGCCGUCCGGGUUGCCCCUUGACGUCACCCAGUUGCAGGCGGACCACGGCAAUGCGAACGCGGUGUUUGUUGUUGAGAAGAGCCGCUUGCUCGUGUACAGCGACCAGUCGGUGUUGCAGCAAGUCCCGGCCUUCGCAAAGUCAGUAGUGGAGUGGAGAACGAUGCCAGAGGGACGGGUGGAAAUGAACAAUAAGUCCGGCGUUGAGCAGCAGAAGCAGGUCGAGGGACGAGAUUCAUCUCCUGUGCACGCCACGGGCAGUCGUGGUCCUAGCGGUCUGCUGCCCACAUCCUCUGCAGUAGUCCUCGAUGUCGCAACUGCAAAUUUUUACGUCAACCAGCAAACAAGGAAAAUACUCUCGCACCAAGUUCCGCAGCCCGUGGCCACGCUGGAGAAGAAGCAUCUCCAAUAUACCGAGUGGACCAGGAAGCAGCUCGAGGAGGCGUCCUACCUGAACCCGUUAAAGGAGGUGAAUCAGAAGAGCGUUCUCUCCCUGUCGCUCUAUUUCGGUGUGUAUCCGUUAUUGCUCGCUUGCUACAGCGCAGGCACUACUUCUACGGCUGACACGGCGGCUCCAGCCCUCCCGCCGGGUCUGGUUUCAAUCGCGUGCUCGACCCUGGGCUUCGGCAGCGGGUUGCUCUGGCGCUCGCACUACCUGUACCGCAACUUCAACCCGACCGUGCAUGUCGUUUUGCUUUUCGUCGUCGUUUUUCUCGGCCAGGGUUUGCUUCCGGUCGCGGUUUACAUGGUUCCGAUUCUGCUGUACUUAGGGUGGAUUCUGUGCUCAUUAACCGCAUUUCCGGACUGGUGGCGCUUUUUGGUGUCGGUGUUGCUCUUCAUGCCACUCCUCGGUAUCGGAGAGGUUGGGGCCGCGUCGUCAUCCUCUACUUCUUCACCCGAAGUCGCCGCCCUGUGCUGCUAUUCCCUGCUCCCCUGCAUGACGGCGGCAGCGUCGGUGGCGCGGAACAUCGUACGACAGGAUUAUCCACCCGGACGGUUCAUUCUACUGGGGGUUUUCCUCCUCUUUUGCGGCACUGCGUCACAGGGAGCCGGCUGUUUGCUCUACACUCUUGGGACCUUCAGCCUGUUAGUAGCGUUGUUUCCAAUUUGCUGGCCAGCGUCGUCUGCUACUCCAUCGGAGGAGAGCGACGAAGAAAUAGCAGUAGCUGCAGCUGGUCGUAUUGUGGACGACUCGACGACGGGGAAGAUAAGAGGUAGAAGUUUGAAAGAAAAAAUCUUUUCCCUGUCAACCGACGCGUUUUUCAACGACCCCAGGCCGGCUGCCGCGCUUUUUUCCUUUCCCGUCUUCUACCUCUACGCGUCGGUAGUCGCUCCGGAGCCGCUGUUUGGCAAUUUUGUGUUUCUCGGUCUCUGGUGCGCGUUCAUUGCUCCCGCGGUUGGCUGGACGGUAGAACAUUUGGUUGCGAGUUUGGGACUCGCGGAAAACGUGGAUGCCGGCCCAGAGGGGAGGCUAUAGGAGAACAGGGCCGUGACGAGUACAAAGUGUCGCUUGCGUAGUGAUUCAAACGAAUUUUGCCGUUUCUCUUUUCCGUGUCAAACUGUUCUGAAUUUUGCACAGGCGUAGCCCAUUCAGGUCGCAUACUCAGAGCAUACAAAUAUCGUUUCCACAACACGUGAAAAAAGUGUCAGG